AGAUAACAAAUCCAAGUACUAAACAAAUCGUGCAAUUAGCAAAUACACGCUAAAGAAAAGUUUUUCAUAACCCAGUGAACAAAUUUAUACAACAAAUAUAAACGAAAAUGCGUACUCUACCAAUUCUAUGGCGUAUGGCAGAAGAUUUGAGACGCUUGGCUAUGCCAUCUUCACCAUUCUUUGAAUAUCCAUUUGCCAGCACUUAUCGAGUGGCUCCCUGGAAUCACAUGAAUCGUAUGGUACAAGAGGAAUUGGGUAAAAUCAACAAAGAUGGCUAUCAAGUUUCUAUGAAUGUAUCCGAAUUUAAACCUGAGGAACUUACCGUCAAAGUUGUGGAUAAUCAUGUGAUUGUGGAGGGUAAAUCGGAGGAACAACAUGAUAACAGCGGUUAUGUUUCACGCCAUUUUAUUCGUCGCGUGGCUUUGCCAAAUGGCUAUGAGGCGGAUAAUGCCAUCUCUACCCUAACAUCGGAUGGCGUACUCACUGUUAGUGUUCCUAAGCCACAAAUUGAGGAAAAAGCUCGUGAAAUUCCUAUUCAACGUGUGGAUGCAGCUUCCAUUAAAUCCAAAGAAUCGGCGGAAGAAGGUGCUGCCACUAAAAAGGAGAAUAAUUAAAGAGAUGACAAUAAUAGUUGAACAAAUUUCUAAAAGGAUUGUAUUAUAGAGAAUUCGGACUGAUUUAUAGUCGUAGUGUGAUAUAAAUAUGUACAUGUGAUUGUAGUUUUAAAAAAUAUUUAAUUAAAAUAUAAUAAAUUGUUAAUUAAAAAACAAAACAA